AUGAAGGUGUUUACCAAUUUUUUAACGAGAGUAAAAUCUGUUGCUCCCCGUGGAGUAGACUGGACCAAUCGAUUGGGACCGGUAGCAGUUUUCGGCUAUGAAGCAGGCUUUCCACGAAGUUCGUUGCUUUUAGAUUAUUUUUAUCAAUCACCACGUGACUGUGAUUACUAUGCUGAACUCACUUUUCAUGAUAAAGGACCUAUUGAGUGUCCCCCUGAAACAGUGAUGUUUAUGCCUGUAUUGAAAUGUGGGAAUAUGCUUGAUAAACCAGAUGACAUUUUAAAUACAACUAAUGACGAUUGGUAUAUGGGAACGCUCGAAACAACAACAGAGUUAUUGGAGAAAGGAUACAUUCCAGUCUCUGUAGGAGGAGAUGGUUCUGCUACAUUAUCAAUGGUUGAGGCUUAUAAACGACUCUUUCCAUCUGAUGAUGUUGUGGUAAUUCAUUUUUCAUCUCGUCCACACGUUGAGAAUCCUCAUGACCCUUUAAGAGUUCUUAUGGACAAGGGACUUUUAAAGGGUGUAGUUAGUGUAGGAAAUCGAUUGGUUUCCUCUGACGAUCGUAAAAUACGAAAACACCAUAAAAUGUUUUACAUGGAUAUGCAUGCAAUUUAUUCAAAAGGUCUAUUUUGUAUUCGCGAUAUUAGAAAUGAUUACCCCGUUUUUAUAAGCAUUGAUGCCAGUGUGAUGGAUCCAGCAUUUGCCCCUGCCGUAGUAUCUCCAGUUGCAGGGGGACUAUCCACAAGAGAACUACUGCAUAUUAUAAAUGGUAUUCGUGGACCUAAAGUGGUUGGUUUGGAUGUACAUGGAUACUCUCCAGAUCUUGAUGUAUAUCGAAAGGAUGGAGUUGGUCUUACGCAAAUUGCAUUAUCGAAGGUAUUGAAAGAGGCUAUUCUCAAAGUGUAUAGCAUCUCAACACAGACAGAGAAGGAAGGUAUGGAAAGGGUUCAAAUCUUGCAACGUCAGGGAGCCAUAUCGGAGAACCCCUAUCCGGAUCACUAA